GUAAACCAGCCGGAUGAAAUGCGGCACCUCUGAGCAAUAUGUGAUGUUGUUUAGUUAAAAGAGAAACUGUCACAUCAGGCUCGUGCUUAGUAAGCGCCAAGCAGUCACCGUGUUCGCGUUGCUUUGCCCCGUCACGCUACUUCCGCUCCUGAAACACGUCUUUACGUUCGGGCAGGAAUCUAAAGAAUAACUGGGGCUUUUCCUCUGUGAAACUACAUUAACCGCAGUCUGUCACAGCGGGUUCGUCCGGUGAUCGCGCCCCUCUCCUCCGACAAACGAUGCUGGUCACCGUGUUCUGCGCUCCGAGGGACCGACCAGAAACCACCUUCGCCCUCGAUGUGUCCCCGGAGCUGGAGCUGAGAGACUUUGUGGCACUUUGUGAGCUGGAGUCCGGGAUCCCAGCGGCGGAGAUCCAGAUCACAUAUGUAGAACAGACCCUUAAAGACCCCACUCGUGCCUUGGGGACCUAUGGUGUUAAAGAUGGAGAUGUGGUGGUUCUCAGGCAAGCUGACAGAAGGCCACCACCAACACAGCCAGCCUUUCCAGGUCUGCCCCAUAUCGACUUUCGCUCCAUCACAGUCCCGGGCACCUCUGCAUCAACCAGUCAGCGUAGUGCCAUCAGGCCACACCAACAGGCUCCACCACAGCAGCAGUCACCGCCGCAGCCACAGCCUCAGCCCCUGCCCCAGCCGCAGCCGCAGCCGCAACCGCAGCCUGCUGCUCAAUCUUCCACGCCAACAGCCUUUCGCGGCUCCUCUCCUCAGGGGCUGGACGACCCUGCCUUACUCCAGCAGAUGCUGUUAUCCAAUCCCCAUGAGCUUUCACUCCUGAAGGAGCGAAACCCACCGCUUGCUGAGGCCCUUCUCAGCGGAGACCUGGAACGUUUCACCAAAGUGCUGCUGGAGCAACAGCAGGAUCGAGCUAAGAGAGAGCAAGAGAGGAUCAGACUUCUUACUGCUGAUCCUUUUGAUUUGGAUGCACAAGCAAAGAUAGAGGAGGAUAUUAGGCAGCACAAUGUGGAAGAAAACAUGACAAUUGCAAUGGAGGAGGCCCCAGAAAGCUUUGGCCAGGUGGUUAUGCUCUACAUUAACUGCAGAGUCAAUGGCCACCCUGUGAAAGCUUUCGUUGACUCAGGGGCUCAGAUGACCAUCAUGAGCCAAGCAUGUGCUGAGCGCUGCAAUAUUAUGCGGCUGGUGGACCGACGCUGGGCCGGGAUCGCUAAGGGUGUGGGCACCCAGAAGAUCAUUGGCAGAGUUCACUUGGCUCAGGUCCAGAUAGAAGGGGACUACCUUCCUUGUUCUUUCUCCAUCUUGGAAGACCAACCGAUGGACAUGCUGCUUGGCCUGGAUAUGCUGAAGAGACACCAGUGUGCUAUUGAUCUGAAGAAGAACUUGCUGCUAAUAGGCACUACGGGCACUGAAACCCGUUUCCUGUCUGAGGCGGAGCUGCCAGAGUGCGCCCGACUGGCAUACGGAGCAGAGGGUCGUGAAGACGCCCGUCCAGAUGAGAUAGCUGACAGGGAACUGGCAGAGGCUCUUCAGAGGUCCAUACAAGAAAGCGACACUGCAGAUGGACAAACUACCUCACCACAGCCCCCAUCAUUUACAUUACCCAGAACCUUAGACCAAAUGUCCUCAUCCACCUCCCCCACCCAAGGCCCUUCCUCUGGCCAGCCACAAACCGUGGAACCCUCUCAGUCUGCCCCAGCCGCCAUGGAGCAGGCCUCAGCACCAGGGCAGAGCCAGGACCAACAUGGCGUUCAGGAGCUUCCUCAACCUUUGUGCCCCGCAGAGGCUGCUGGUUCUACAACUCAUCAGGUCCAACCUCACCCUCUGCCGCUCCAUAGCAAUUCCGAAAUGUCCCCUGUACCCAGUCCAUCAACAGACGUCCUCCCAACACAGUCCCCUCCUGCAGACAUGACAACAUCGUCCCAGUAUCCAGAGGGUGAGGAACAUUGUACAGCCUCAGAGGGUGAUGCUGAAUCAUUUGAGGUACUGAACAGCUCAAUGACCUCCCAACCAGAGGAACUAUCCCCCAUUCAACCCAUGGAGCAGGAGACGAUUGAGCCCCACACCGCUAAUUCCACUGAAGCCUGUCAGAGUGCUGCUAGCCAACCGGACUCAGUUGAAAUGGAGUCUCCCACCGCAUCCCACGGCGAGGUGACCACCGAGAGGGACCCACCUGAAGCAGAGCGCCGCUCCAGCUCCGACAGCAUCCCCUCGCUGGCAGCAGCUCUGAUGGAGCUCCACGAGCUGCUGGUAACCAACAGCUGUGCUCAGUCCCAAAGCCGCAGCACCUCCUGCUCCCCGUCACAUCCCUUCAGACAGGACGCAGACGAAUUGGUCACCGAGCCCCGCACCCCAACACCUGAAGACACCCAGCCUACCCCCUCCACUGCUAUUACUAUUACAUCUGGUGCAGAACCAAGCGAUGCCAAAGCCAACCAUGCUGCUGCUGUGUCUGAUGAGGGACCAUCUAAGUGUCUUGUGUCCGACCUCUCUGGCCAGGAUGAGUAUCUUGGUGGAGAUGAAGCAGAGACUGUGGAGGAACAAGGGCCACCUCAGCAUCCAGAUGGCUCUGGGGAGAGGGGGGCAGAUAGAAGUGGGAUAAAUGAAGUCGGUAACAUCAGCAUCUCUCAGCCUGAGCCAGAGGCACCUCCUGAUCCUGCUGCAGACCCGGAGCUCAGGGAACCUCCUGAGGGGCAGCAGGGGACAGUGGCAGCAGAUGGACAAGCCUCUGGCACCAACAGCCCAGACACUCUUGGCCCCCAGACUGAUCAGACAUUUCUCAGCCCUCUGUCAAUAACAGCUGGCUCAUCUGAGGAAGUCUCUAGCACCACGUCCUCCUGUGUCCCUCCUCUUGCUCAGGCUGCCCAGCCUUCAUCUGCAGCCCCUCGUCACCCGUCUCCACAUCCCUUUACAGAACCAUUUCCUGCUGAGCACAUCCAGAGAAUCCAGGCAGCUGGCUUUUCUGCCAGGGAGGCUGCAGAGGCACUGGAACAAGCCCAUGGGGUUGUGGAGCUAGCUCUGCUGGCACUACUAGCCCGCAGUAUCACUGUGCCCACCUAGACUCAACCACUCGUGUGAGUCCCCGGCCUCUGAACUCAGCAUCUGUCUUAUUUAUACCUUGUUACUGAUCCAGAUGUCUCAGCUCCUUUUUACCAGGGAGCACAUCUAAACACAGGGAAAUGCUGUCUCUUGGUUUGUCAUGAAGAAUAUCCAAGAACAAACAGGACAACCGCUAAUUCUUUUCUGGAUAUGUGAGGUGUGUUUGCAUGCAGAUGUUUUGGUGCCCACCCAUUUCAUUUGUUUUUAGAGAUUUGGUAUUAUAGAUAGAUUUUCUUCUUUAUUUGUUGUCCAACUUUGACAUUUUAUUAAAUGCCCAAUAUAUAAAUGGUUCUUGAACCGCUAAACUUUGUUAUAAUUUGUCAUUAAAGCAGCAUCAUUUCUACACCCCAUGCUGGACUGCCCCAGUCUGGUGAGCUUUAGAUCAUUCAGCACAAACAUGGCUAUUUGAAACGAUUUGCUGAUUUUUCUUCUUUUUUUUGUUGUUGAUUUUAUGUUCGUUGCCCCGUCAAUUUACAAAUCAGAACCUGUUCAUGGAGAAGCUGCAGUUUAGUAGGGUUGAUCAUUUCUGAUACAGUUUACAAAUCACACACAAGAGGAAACCCCUAAAUUCACAGCCAUUCUCACACUGAAAUAUUGAGUGAGCCACACGUGUGUAUGUCUGUGUUGAAGUAUGAUCAUCAUUUUUUGAAUCCAGUUUGUGUAUUGGAGAAGGGAUCUUGUACUGUAUGUAUCAUUCUCCACAGUUUGAAUGCGCUGCCAUGUAUUGAUUACAUAUCUGUUUGUAGCUCCUGUUCAGAAAGUCCAUGUUGUGUCAAAUCAUCCUAGUGUGUGUUCAUACCUUUAAACGCAUCCACUUUCAUUUUGUAAUCUGUUAGAAUUUAGCCAUUCGCAACUGUCAAAUCUUUUGUCACUACUUUCAUCGUAUUAUCAAGGAUUUUAAUGGCUUUAUUUGAGUCAAGCACCGACAAUGUUCAGGCAGAUCGAAUUAUUUACUUUUAUGAAAUUUUAAAUUGCAAAUAAAAUGGAACUAGUAUUUGUA